ACUGUCGGGACUGCAGUUGAGGCGUCGGCCAUUUGUGGAGCGUUUUGCUUCCAGCAGAUUGUUGGUACUGCCCUGAUUGCGUACCAGUCAUCCAAUCUCAUGCGUCGACCGCUUGCCGGCACUCUCGGGACUGCAGAUGAGGCGACGGCCAUUUGUGGAGCGUUUUGCUUUAAGCAGAGUUUUGUUACUGCACUGCUUGCGUACCAGUCACUUAAUCCCUUGCGUCGGCCGCUUGCCAGCACCCUCGGGACUGCAGAUGAGGCGUUGGCCAUUUGUGGAGCGUUUUGCUUUCAGGAGAUUGUUGGUAAUGCCCUGAUUGCGUACCAGUCACCCAAUCUCAUGCGUCGGCCGCUUGCCAGUUGA